UUAUAUAAUUCUCAGUCUCCACUAAGUAAUCAGUAAGCAUCUCAAGGUAUAUAUAAGACCACAUUGAAUUCCGCAAAAAUUUAAGAAGCAAUAACCAAAAAAAGCCAAGCAAAGGAGAGAGAGGAAAUUCUGACUUAAAGCGUUUUUCAAGAGUAAAAAAUGUCUGCAAAUGAGUUACCUUCUUCAGCUCAGUCCUUCCAACAACAAUUCCUUGGCGGUUUUGUCUCUAGAAAGCUUCUUCUGCACAACCCAUUUGACCAAAACUCUCAACGAGACUUAGCGGCUGCACCAUCUCCUCUCAUGACCAAUGAGAACAAUCUCAGAGUAAAUGUUCUGAUGCUUCUCUCAGUCCUCAUCUGUGGCAUCAUCUGUUGCCUUGGGUUACAUUACAUCAUUCGUUGUGCAUUCAAACGUUCUUCAAGUUUCAUGAUCUCCGAGCCUAUCUCUAGUCUUUCAACACCACGAGGUUCAUCAAACAAAGGAAUCAAGAAGAAAGCUCUUAAGAUGUUUCCAGUUGUGAGUUACUCACCUGAGAUGAACCUGCCGGGGAUUGGUGAAGAGUGUGUCAUUUGUUUGUCGGAUUUUGUUUCCGGUGAACAGCUCAGGCUGCUCCCCAAGUGCAACCACGGGUUCCAUGUUCGUUGCAUAGACAAGUGGCUUCAACAUCACAUGACAUGUCCGAAAUGCCGACACUGUCUGGUUGAGACAUGCCAAAAGAUCUUAGGUGACUUCAACCAAGCUGAUUCUACUGCGGCAGCACCCAUGGAGAGCGUAAUUGUCAGGAUUACUCCUCUAGAACCUGAAGGAAGAGUAAACACUCUUAGAGAUAGUAGCUAAAUGCUAAGAAAGGUCAUCAAUUUAGAAUUUGUCAGUACUUAGAUAGGAGAUUUUAAUACUUUGAGCAAAAUUCAUGUCUUAAGCCAUAGAUUGGUUUCUCAAAAGAGAAGAAAACAUAGGAUACUUCUACUUUUUUUUAUGUCUUUCUUUCUUGCCUGUAGCACAAAGUGUACACAGAGAGAAUAUAUCUAACU